GUGAGCACGUGCCUCGGGAAGGACAUCUGCAGCGGUCGAGGGUCGAGCAUCUGAAGCGGCUGCUGGCGGGAAGUAGGGAAGGAACGGAGAUCUGAUUCUACUUCAGAGGCAGCAUUUUCGUCUUCUUGACCAGACUGAAUCUUUUAAGAAACUGGACACCCGUUCAUGGGGCUCACCAAGCAGUAUCUGCGCUAUACGGACACUGCUCUAUUUGGAGUGGUUGCCAGUCAGAAAGGCAAUAUCGUAUAUGUGACUCUGCGAGGUGAGAAGGGCCGCUAUGUGGCAGUGCCAGCCUGUGAGCAUGUUUUCAUCUGGGAUACCCGGAAAGGAGAGAAGGUUCUUAUCCUUCAAGGGAAGAAGCAAGAAGUGACUGCUCUCUGCCCAUCACCUGAUGGCCUACAUUUGGCUGUUGGCUAUGAAGAUGGCUCCAUAUGUGUCUUCAGUCUCCUCAGUGGGGAAGGGAACAUUACUUUCAAUGGUCAUAAAGCUGCUGUUACUACCUUGAGAUAUGAUGAACUGGGAGGGAAGUUGGCUUCAGGUUCAAAGGAUACAGUUGUCAUCAUUUGGGAUGUGAUCAAUGAGAGUGGUUUGUACCGUCUGAAGGGCCACAAGGAUGCUGUUACGCAGGUGCUCUUCUUGAAAGAGAAGAAUAUAUUGAUCUCCAGUGGUAAAGACACCCUGGUGAAAUGGUGGGAUCUGGAUACACAGCACUGUUUCAAAACAUUGGUUGGACAUCGUACUGAGGUAUGGGGACUAGCCUUGAUUUCACAAGAAAAUCUUAUUACUGGUUCUGCAGACAGUGAAUUAAGAGUCUGGAACAUCAGCUAUCUUGAGGAAAACCAGGACCCCAAUGAGCCGGAGUUGAAGAGAAGCAGAGGGUCAGCAGUGAGAAUGGAAGACUCUUCUGAAGAGGACAGGACAGUAGAUCAGGAUGAGUCCUCUGAGGAGCACAUCCUCAGUUGCAGAAAAGCUGGCUCUAUUAUGCGGGAAGGAAGGGACCGAGUGGUUACUCUGGCCACGGAUAAGACAGGAAGGAUUCUCGCUUGUCAUGGAACGGACUCUGUCCUGGAGAUAUUCUACAUCCUUAGCAAGGAAGAGAUUUCCCGGAAGAUAGAAAAGAAGAUGAAGAAAGCAAGGAAAAAGGCCAAGCAAAUGUCAAAUGCAGAAGAGGAAGGCCUUGAUGUCAGUGUGGAGUGCAGUCUGCAAGAAAAGAUCCAGCGUCUCAUUAACAUCAAAGCUUCUGCUAAGAUAAAAUCUUUUGACUUGAUCCUCAAUCCAAAUGGAGAGCUGAAAGCCACCUUAAUGCUCCAAAACAACAUCAUUGAAACAUUUACCUUGAACCCAUCCGUGUCAACACCCCGAGUUCUGCAGAUGUCCAAAAUAACUAUUGGAGGUCACCGUAGUGAUGUCAGAACACUCGCAUUUAGCUCUGACAACAUUGCCUUCCUCUCUGCUGCUGCUGAAUCUGUUAAGAUUUGGAACAGAUCUACCUUGCAAUGUAUUCGGACUAUGGAGUGUGAGUAUGCAUUGUGCUCCCUGUUUGUCCCAGGGGACCGGCAAGUCAUUAUAGGAACCAAGACUGGAAAGCUACAGUUGUUUGAUUUGGCUUCAGGAAAUCUGCUGGAGAGUGUUGAUGCUCAUGAUGGGGCUCUCUGGUCCAUAUCUCUUUCUUCAGAUCAGCGUGGUUUUGUAACAGGUGGUGCGGAUAAAUGUGUCAAGUUCUGGGAAUUUCAGCUGGUGAAGGAUGAGAACAGUGUCCAGAAAAGGCUGUCUGUGAAGCAAGCACGUAUCUUGCAGUUGGAUGAAGAUGUCCUUUGCGUCCGGUACAGCCCCAACCAAAAACUUCUGGCUGUUGCCUUACUAGACUGCACUGUGAAAAUAUUCUACACGGAUACACUCAAGUUUUUCCUCUCACUGUAUGGGCACAAGUUGCCAGUGCUUUGCAUGGAUAUUUCUUAUGAUGGGACGUUAAUCGCAACCGGCUCUGCUGACAGGAAUGUGAAGAUCUGGGGAUUAGACUUUGGGGAUUGUCACCGGUCUCUCUUUGCCCAUGAUGACAGUGUGAUGUACCUUCAGUUUGUGCCCAAGUCUCACCUCUUCUUUACAGCGGGGAAGGACCACAAGAUUAAACAGUGGGAUGCAGACAAAUUUGAACACAUUCAGACCCUGGAGGGGCAUCACCAGGAAGUGUGGUGUCUGGCGCUCAGUCCCGGUGGGGACUAUCUUGUGUCCUCCUCUCACGAUAAGUCGUUGCGUCUCUGGGAAAGGACAAGGGAGCCGCUUAUUCUGGAGGAGGAAAGGGAGAUGCAAAGAGAAAUGGAGUACGAAGACAGUAUAGCUAAGGAAGACCAGCCCGUGGUUGCUGGGGAAACUCAAGGAGAGGCUGGCUUAGCUGGAAAAAAGACCAUUGAAACAAUCAAGGCGGCAGAACGGAUUAUGGAAGCCAUAGAGCUCUACAGAGAGGAGACGGCAAAACUGGAAGAGCACAAAGCUAUCUGCAAAGCUGCCGGAAAAGAGGUGCCUCUUCCAGUAAAUCCAAUUCUUAAGGCAUAUGGCAGUAUUUCACCUUCUGCGUAUGUACUAGAGGUUUUGAAGAAGGUGAAGUCGAGUGAACUGGAAGAAUCUCUGUUGGUGCUGCCUUUCUCAUAUGUGCCAGACCUCCUUAUCCUCUUCAAUCAGUUUCUCCAGUUGGGUUCAGAGGUAGAGCUGCUCUGUCGGGCUCUCCUGUUUCUGCUCAGGAUACAUUUUGGCCAGAUCACAAGCAAUCAAUUGCUCGUGAAGGUGAUGGAGAACCUGAAGAAAACCACAAUCUCCAAAGUCAGUCAAGUAAGGGAUAUACUUGGAUUCAAUAUGGCCGGUCUUCAGUUCCUAAAGAGAGAAAUCGAGUCAAAAGACGAAGUGAUGUUUUUUGCUGAUGCGACGGAACAGUUUGAAGAGAAAAAGCGGAAGCGGAAGAAGAAACAGAAGAUGGUUCUUACAGUGGUCUAGCUGGGACAGGUCAUGGAAGAGUUUAUUUCACCAACGGGAGUGGGGUGCUGUCCAGCUGCAGCAGUGGUGUGGAAAUACGAGUUUGGGCUAUAUGUAAGAAAACUCGUGGGAAAUUUCAUACAACUGCUAAACAUUCACCUACAAAUAUUUUCAGGCCGAAAGAGAGGUAGUGAAAGGUUCAAGACUGCACCACCUUAAGGUUAUUAUUCACUUUCUCUUUACUGCUGCUUUUCCUGAUCCGUGACUUGAGCACCUUAAAAAAGUUCUGCAUGGCUGAAUAGGCACUGCAGGGGCAGCGUCAUGCAGCUAAUUGUGCCUGACAUCACAAAGCCAGAUAAAGAAGACAAGUCCUUCUUAACCUAAUUCAGCAUCGGCAAACAUUUUAGCCCUGGUUUCUAACAUGUACAAGCAUCUAACAUCUGUCAAAAUUUGAUGUGAUCUGUGAACUUUGUUCCUGAAUGUGAAUGUUGGGCUCAGCCACCAUACAAUGUGUGUAUGUACCCCAAACAUCUGCAAGACCUCAAGUGCUGCAGUGUGCACACAUUCCAAAAUCAGAACAAUAACUAAAUUGUUUUGCUGUCAUAUCCAUUUGAAAAUGAGCCUUUUUCUUUCAUCUGAACAGACGGGAGGUGUUCAUGAAUUUCUUUCUCAACCAAAUAAUGCUUCCAACAAUAGUUCUUAUUGUUCGGUGCUUUGUUAAUGACAGCAUUGUAUGUGAAUUUGUUUAUAAAAUAUGUUUUCCCCUUAAUAAUUAUUCUUUGCAUUUCACUUAUUUAUUUUUUAACUAGUUUUAAAAAUAAAGUAUCCAGACUUCCCAGCCUCUUCCACCUGCUGUUCUCUCAAAUAAAGCAGUGACAUUCACUCUC